CCACGUCGCCCCCCGCCCCCGCGCUCGUCGCCGUCCACCUCGCCGUGGCGCUCGCCAAUGCCGCCGCCCGUCGCCGCGAGGCUUGCGGUUCUCGCUAUAUCCGUCGCCGCGCUGCUGGUGGCGCCGUGCCAUGGCGUGAACGAGCAGGGGCAGGCGCUGCUCCGGUGGAAGGCGUCCCUGCGGCCGACGGGCGGCGCGCUGGACUCGUGGAGGGCGGCGGACGCGAGCCCGUGCCGGUGGGCCGGCGUGUCGUGCGACGCGCGCGGCGACGUCGUGGGGCUGAGCGUCACGUCGGUCGACCUGCAGGGCCCGCUGCCGGCGGGCCUGCAGCCGCUGGCGCCGUCGCUGAGGACGCUGGUGCUCUCCGGCACCAACCUCACCGGCGAGAUACCGCCCGACCUCGGCGGGUACGGCGAGCUGGCCACGCUUGACGUCAGCAAGAACCAGCUCACCGGCGCGAUCCCGGCCGAGCUGUGCCGCCUCUCCAAACUCGAGUCCCUCGCGCUCAACUCCAACUCCCUCCGUGGCGCCAUCCCCGACGACAUCGGCAACCUCACCGCCCUCACCUACCUGACGCUCUACGACAACGAGCUGAGCGGCACGAUCCCGGCGAGCAUUGGCAACCUGAAGAGGCUGCAGGUGCUCCGCGCCGGCGGGAACCAGGGGCUGAAGGGCCCGCUGCCGGCGGAGAUCGGCGGGUGCAGCAACCUCACAAUGCUCGGCCUCGCCGAGACCGGCAUGUCCGGCAGCUUGCCGGAGACGAUCGGGCAGCUCAGGAGCAUCCAGACCAUCGCCAUCUACACCACGCUGCUCUCCGGCCGCAUCCCGGAGUCCAUUGGCAACUGCACCGAGCUCACGAGCCUGUACCUCUACCAGAAUUCUCUCUCCGGCCCGAUACCGCCGCAGCUCGGCCAGCUCAAGAAGCUUCAGACGCUGCUCCUAUGGCAGAACCAGCUCGUCGGCGCCAUCCCGCCGGAGCUCGGGCAGUGCAAGCAGCUCACACUCAUCGACCUGUCGCUAAAUUCUCUCACCGGCAGCAUCCCGGCCACCUUGGGCGGGCUGCCCAAUCUCCAGCAGCUGCAGCUGAGCACGAACCAGCUCACCGGCGUAAUCCCGCCGGAGCUCUCCAACUGCACGUCACUGACGGACAUCGAGGUGGACAACAACGCGCUGUCCGGGCAGAUCGGCAUCGACUUCCCGCGGCUGCUCAACCUCACCCUCUUCUACGCGUGGAGGAACCGGCUCACCGGCGGCGUGCCGGCGAGCCUCGCCGACUGCCCGAGCCUCCAGGCGGUGGACCUGUCGUACAACAACCUCACCGGCACGAUCCCCAAGCAGCUGUUCACCCUGCAGAACUUGACGAAGCUGCUGCUGAUCAACAACGAGCUGUCCGGGUUCAUCCCGCCGGAGAUCGGCAGCUGCGGCAGUCUCUACCGGCUCCGGCUCAACGGCAACCGGCUGUCUGGCACGAUACCCGCCGAGAUUGGCAACCUCAAGAACCUCAACUUCCUCGACAUGAGCAACAACCACCUCGUCGGUCCGGUGCCGGCGGCGAUCUCGGGGUGCAGCAGCCUCGAGUUCCUUGACCUCCACUCCAAUGCUCUGUCCGGCUCGUUGCCGGAGACGCUGCCCCGCAGCCUCCAGCUGAUUGACGUCUCCGACAAUCAGCUCGCCGGCGCAUUGAGCUCCAGCAUUGGGUCGAUGCCGGAGUUGACGAAGCUUUACUUGGGGAAGAACCGGCUCACCGGUGCAAUACCGCCGGAGAUCGGUUCUUGCCAGAAGCUGCAACUGCUGGACCUCGGCGACAAUGCGUUCUCCGGCGAUAUUCCUUCGGAGAUCGGGACGCUUCCGUCUUUGGAGAUUUCUCUCAACCUCAGCUGCAACCGGCUCUCCGGUGAGAUCCCGUCCCAAUUCGCCGGACUCGACAAGCUUGGCAGCCUCGACCUGUCGCACAACGAGCUCUCCGGGAGCCUCGACUCACUGGCGGCGCUGCAGAACCUCGUCACGCUCAACAUCUCCUACAAUGCCUUCUCCGGCGAGCUCCCGGACACUCCGUUCUUCCAGAAGCUUCCUCUCAGUGACCUCGCCGGCAACCGCCACCUCAUCGUCGGUGAUGGCUCCGACGAGUCCUCCCGUCGCGGGGCUAUCUCCGCGCUGAAGGUUGCCAUGUCCGUCCUCGCCGCGGUCAGCGCGGUGCUCCUGGUGGCCGCCACCUACCUGCUCGCCCGCAUGCGCCGUGGCGGUGGCGCCACCGGCCGGAUCAUCCACGGCGAGGGCGCGUGGGAGGUGACGCUUUACCAGAAGCUCGACAUCUCCAUGGACGACGUGCUGCGCGGGCUGACGUCGGCGAACGUGAUCGGCACGGGCAGCUCCGGCGUGGUGUACAAGGUGGAAACCCCCAACGGCUACACCCUGGCCGUCAAGAAGAUGUGGUCGACGGACGAGACGACCACCGCCGCGUUCCGCAGCGAGAUCGCCGCGCUGGGCUCCAUCCGCCACCGCAACAUCGUGCGGCUCCUCGGCUGGGCGGCGAACGGCGGCACCCGGCUGCUCUUCUACAGCUACCUCCCCAACGGCAGCCUGAGCGGCUUCCUCCACGGCGGCGGAGCCGCCACCAAGGGCGCGCCCGCCUCCGAGUGGGGUGCCCGCUACGACGUCGCGCUCGGCGUCGCCCACGCCGUGGCGUACCUCCACCACGACUGCGUCCCGGCCAUCCUCCACGGCGACAUCAAGGCCAUGAACGUGCUCCUCGGCGCCGCCUACGAGCCGUACCUCGCCGACUUCGGCCUCGCCCGCGUCCUCUCCGGCCCAGCCUCCAAGCUCGCCGACUCCACCAUGCCGCCGCCGCCGCGCAUCGCCGGCUCCUACGGCUACAUGGCACCAGAGUACGCGUCGAUGCAGAAGAUCACGGAGAAGAGCGACGUGUACAGCUUCGGCGUGGUGGUGCUGGAGAUGCUGACGAGGCGGCACCCGCUGGACCCGACGCUGCCGGGCGGCGCCCACCUGGUGCAGUGGGUGCGCGAGCACGUGCAGGCGAAGCGCGACGCGGCGGAGCUCCUCGACGCGCGGCUCCGGAGCGCCGCCGCCGAGGCGGACGUGGACGAGAUGCGGCAGGCGCUGUCCGUCGCCGCGCUCUGCGUCGCGCGCCGCGCCGACGACCGCCCGGCCAUGAAGGACGUCGUCGCGCUGCUCAAGGAGAUCCGGCGCCCCGCGUCCACCGCCGACGACGCCAAGUCGCCGCCGCCGCCGCAGCAGCCCGCGACGACGCCGUCAUUGGCCGGCACCACCACUGCCACCGCGACGCCGGCGUCGCCCGCGUCGGGCGCGCCGCACUCGUCGUCGAGCUGCUCCUUCGCCGUCUCGGACUACUCCGUCUGA